GGUGAAGCAAUUGGCGUGGAUUUCCCUGUGAAAGUUCCCUACAGGAAGAUCACAUUCAACCCUGGCUGUGUGGUGAUUGACGGCAUGCCCCCGGGGGUGGUAUUCAAGGCCCCCGGCUACCUGGAAAUCAGUUCUAUGAGGAGGAUCUUGGAGGCAGCUGAGUUUAUCAAAUUCACAGUCAUCAGGCCGCUUCCAGGGCUUGAGCUCAGUAAUGUGGGAAAACGAAAGAUAGACCAAGAGGGCCGUGUGUUUCAAGAAAAGUGGGAGAGAGCGUAUUUCUUCGUGGAAGUACAGAAUAUUCCAACAUGUCUCAUAUGCAAACAAAGCAUGUCUGUGUCCAAAGAAUAUAACCUAAGACGCCACUAUCAAACCAACCACAGCAAGCACUACGACCAGUAUACGGAAAGAAUGCGUGACGAGAAGCUUCAAGAGCUGAAAAAAGGGCUCAGAAAGUAUCUCUUAGGCUCGUCAGACACCGAGUGUCCCGAGCAAAAACAAGUGUUGGCAAACGCAAGUCCAACCCAGAAAUCCCCCGUGCAGCCUGUGGAGGACCUGGCUGGGAACUUAUGGGAGAAGUUACGUGAAAAAAUCAGGUCUUUUGUGGCAUAUUCUAUCGCAAUCGAUGAGAUCACGGAUAUAAAUAAUACCACCCAGUUGGCCAUUUUCAUCCGCGGCGUCGAUGAGAACUUCGAUGUGUCCGAAGAACUUCUGGACACAGUGCCCAUGACGGGUACAAAAUCUGGAAACGAGAUCUUUUCGCGUGUUGAGAAGAGUCUGAAAAAGUUCUGUAUCGACUGGUCGAAAUUAGUAAGCGUGGCCUCCACUGGCACCCCGGCGAUGGUGGAUGCCAAUAACGGGCUUGUCACAAAACUGAAGAGCAGGGUGGCCACGUUCUGCAAGGGUGCGGAACUGAAGUCCCUCUGUUGUAUAAUUCAUCCGGAAUCACUUUGUGCUCAGAAGCUGAAGAUGGACCACGUCAUGGACGUGGUAGUGAACUCCGUGAACUGGAUAUGCUCCCGGGGACUGAACCACAGCGAGUUCACAACCUUGCUCUAUGAGCUGGACAGCCAAUAUGGUAGCCUCCUGUACUACACGGAGAUUAAGUGGCUCAGUCGCGGGCUGGUGCUAAAGAGAUUUUUCGAAUCGUUGGAAGAAAUCGACUCCUUCAUGUCGUCCAGAGGCAAACCCCUGCCUCAACUGAGCUCCAUAGAUUGGAUCCGAGACCUGGCCUUCUUGGUUGACAUGACGAUGCACCUGAACACUUUGAACAUCUCUCUCCAAGGGCACUCCCAAAUCGUCACGCAGAUGUAUGACUUGAUCCGGGCGUUCCUAGCAAAACUGUGCCUCUGGGAGACUCAUUUGGCGAGGAAUAAUCUGGCCCACUUUCCCACCCUGAAAUCGGUUUCCAGAAAUGAAAGCGAUGGCCUGAACUACAUUCCCAAAAUCGCGGAACUCAAGGCCGAAUUCCAGAAAAGGUUGUCCGAUUUCAAACUCUACGAAAGCGAACUGGCUGUGUUCAGCUCCCCGUUCUCCAUGAAGAUCGACAGUGUGCACGAGGAGCUCCAGAUGGAGGUGAUCGACCUGCAAUGCAACACGGUCCUGAAGACGAAAUACGACAAGGUGGGAAUACCAGAAUUCUACAAGUACCUCUGGGGCAGCUACCCGAAAUACAAGCACCACUGCGCAAAGGUUCUCUCCAUGUUCGGGAGCACCUACAUCUGCGAGCAGCUCUUCUCCAUUAUGAAACUGAGCAAAACAAAAUACUGCUCCCAGUUAAAGGAUUCCCAGUGGGACUCUGUACUGCACAUCGCAACGUGAUAGAGAGAAAACUCCUGGCAGGACCCUAUGGUGGGAAGGGCUGGAGUCUUCUAGGCCCAAAGGAGAUGACAAAAUGAAUUAUUUUUUUCUCUUUUGAGACGGCGUCUUGCUCUGUCGCCCAGGCUGGAGUGCAGUGGCGCAAUCUCGGCUCACUGCAACCUCCAGCUCCUGGGUUCGAACGAUUCUCCUGCCUCAGGCUCCCGAGUAACUGGGACUACAGGCGUUCGCCAUCAGGCCCGGCUAAUUUUUGUAUUAGUAGAGACGGGGUUUCACCAUGUUGGCCAGGCUGGUCUCGAACUCCUGACCUCAGGUGAUCCACCCGCCUCGAUCUCACAAAGUGCUGGGAUUACAGGCAUGAACCACUGUGCCCAGCCGACAAAAUGAAUUCUUAAACAUUUUUUUUUCAGUUUUUUUUCCACUUUGAAUCAGAAAUAUAAUCUGCAGUAUCAUACUUGUUUAUAUGACAUUGUAUGCCUCACUACUCAGUAAAAAUCAAGAAAGUUU